AUGUACAACUGUCAACUUACAAGUUAUCUGGAUUUAUUUACAAGCUGACUGAUCAGUGAAUAUUGCAUCAAACGAAUGCCUUUUUUAUUGUAACCUAUUUCAAAUUAUAAUUUACGAAAUAGGCCAUCAAUUUCUUUUAUAAAUUUCAUAUAUCAAAUUCAUUAUGUCUAUUGAAAUAGAAUCUGCAGACGUUAUACGUCUCAUUCAACAAUAUCUUAAAGAAUCAAAUUUGACGAAAACACUGCAAACACUUCAGGAAGAAACUGGUGUAUCACUGAACACAGUGGACAGUGUAGAUGGUUUCUGUGCGGACAUUAAUAAUGGUCACUGGGAUACAGUACUGAAGGCUACAGCAUCACUGAAAUUGCCUGACAAAAAGCUGAUGGAUCUGUAUGAGCAAGUAGUUCUAGAGCUCAUCGAGCUGCGUGAGCUAGGUGCCGCAAGAACUCUUCUGCGUCAAACACAACCCUGUCUACUCAUGAAACAGCAGGAGACCGAUAGAUAUAUGCACCUUGAGAACAUGUUGUCGCGGUCGUACUUCGACCCGCGCGAGGCGUAUGGCGGUGCGCGCGGCGGCGGCGGAGGCAAGGAGUGGCGGAGGGCCGCGCUGGCGGCCGCGCUCGCGGGCGAGGUGUCCGUCGUGCCCUCUUCGCGCCUCCUGGCGCUGCUCGGCCAGGCACUCAAGUGGCAGCAGCACCAGGGCCUGCUGCCGCCGGGUACAACUAUCGAUUUGUUCAGAGGCAAAGCGGCCAUCAGAGAUGAAGAAGAUGACAAAUGCCCAACACAUGUAUCCAAAAUAAUUAAGUUUGGACAAAAGUCACAUGUUGAAUGUGCAAGGUUCUCCCCGGACGGGCAGUACCUGGUGACGGGCUCGGUGGACGGGCUCGUGGAGGUGUGGAACUUCACGACGGGCAAGAUCCGCAAGGACCUGCGCUACCAGGCGCACGACGAGUACAUGAGCAUGGAGGAGGCCGUGCUCAGCCUGGCCUUCGCGCGCGACUCCGACACGCUCGCCGCCGGCUCCAACGACGGCAAGAUCAAGGUGCGCGCCCCGCUCUGUCACACGACGCACGACACACGACACGUGGAUGGAGGUGGAUGGAGGUGGAUGGAGGUGGAUGGAGGAGGGUGGUAA